AUGCAACGCCAGCCAAACCAGCAACGAGGCAAAAUCAACCAGCUCAGCUGUAUGCAAUCGCCCAACCCUAGUAGCCAGGGCACCCCACGACCCCCCAAAGCGCAAAGGACCCCAGACUGCAUGUCCCGGGAAAAGCUGCGCUCCACCCCGAGGAAGAACAGCAGAAAGCCGUGCCGGGAAGCUCCCUGCCGCCCCUGUGAACCCGAGGCCGGUCCCGUCCCCGGACAGGGGCCCAGCCCCCCCAGUCAACCUCCCCCAAGGAAGAGGGCCAAAACCCACCCAUUGCCAUGUGCCCCAGGGACUCCAGAAUGCCCGCACUGUGAGAGAGCCAACAGGGGGAAGCAGCGGGAGCCCCACCCCUGCUGA